GAUCAAGGAGGAGAGGAAGAUCCAGAAGCACAAGUCGCUGCCCAAGGUGUCCGGGGGCUGGGAGCUGGAGGUGCACGGCACCGAGGCCCGGCUGGUGCGGAAAAAGAUCGCCGGUGAGAAGAUAACGGUCACAUUCAACAUCAACAACAGCAUUCCACCGUCAGUUGAUGAGGAAACACAAGAAGAGCAGCAGAAACCUGACGAACAGGAGCCUGAGCUUACAUCGACUCCAAACUUUGUUGUGGAAGUGAUAAAAGAUGACACAAAGCAGACCCUUGUCCUGGACUGCCACUAUCCGGAGGACGAGGUUGGACAUGAGGGAGAGGAAGAAAGUGAUAUUUUCACAAUUCGGGAGGUCAGUUUCCAGCCCGCUGGAGAAUCAGACUGGAAGGACACCAACUACACUCUCAACACGGACUCCCUGGACUGGGCGCUGUACGAUCACUUAAUGGAUUUCCUGGCUGAUCGAGGAGUGGACAACACGUUUGCUGAUGAGUUAAUAGAGCUCAGCACGGCACUGGAGCACCAGGAGUACAUCAAAUUCCUUGAAGACCUUAAAAGUUUUGUCAAAUGUCAGUAGGAUAGGCUAGGAAACUGAUCAUCAAGUGUGGGUAUUCCACAGCACUGCUCAGCCAGCAAUACCCAAAUAUAUCUUCACAACAGAUAGGGAGAGUAAGUACAUUUGAAUUUGGAAAUCAGCAUAAUGGAGAAUGAGGAUUCUUGCUUGUAUUUGGGAAUUUGUAUUUAUGUUGCAGCCCAGAUCAAAUUCUCUAACAUUACGGUCCUAUGGAAUUGCCUCACCCUACUUUGGUUGUUUUUGUACAAUUAAGAAUGAAUGUGAAGAAUAAAAUCUGUUCAACAUAUCACUGAAAA